UCCGCCGCAGUCGUCACCACCACCAUCGUCAUACAUGUCCGUGAAUAUACCCGUCAUAUAUCGUUCGCAGAAUUUCAAUAUAAUUUCGUACACACGCGCUUCCGACAAAAAAAAAAUCCUAAGGGAGAUUAAUUAAAAAAAAAAAAAAUUAUAAAAUUUUCAGGGCGACCACGCACACUCGAGCUUAUGCAACAAUGACCCGAGAGCCCGUCGUCGACGUUAAUUAUUAUUAUUGCUGAUGACAGUGUUUUGCAUAAAUUCACCUGGACACAUAGACUCAUACGUGUUUACAUAAACUUAACUGAGUGCCCAAAGAAGAUAUUAUUUACAUAAACCGUGCAGGACUUUCGUCAUCACGCUGUCGACGGAUACCAGGAUCGCCGCUGGACCCAAAUGCACUCCGGGUAAUGCCGGAAAUAUGCUUAGGGUAGACGACUGUGUGGUGUUAAGACGAGUAUCCAUGGGUGGUGGCGAAGAAAAUCCAGAGCCACCAACUGAAGUAGGAAGUCGUCGGACAAGCAAUGUACUUAAAAACGAACUUUUGUUACACGAAGCUGUUAUAAAAAAUGACCCAGAUGCUGUAAAAAGAGUAAUCAAAGAACCAUUAGAUGUAAACUCUCGAAAUAAUUAUGGCAGAGCUCCUAUUCACUGGGCAUCUUCGAGGGGAAAUACUGAAAUUAUGGAAAUGCUCAUAAAUGCAAAGUGUGAUAUUGAAGCCAAAGACAAAUACGGGAUGCGCCCGAUAUUAAUGGCUGCUUGGCACGGCCACACGGAUGCUGUCCAGAUGCUUAUCAACUACGGAGCGAGUGUAAACACAAUAAAUAAGAAACAAUACACAUUGCUUAUGUGCGCGGCGAGAAACAACCGUCUGUCAGUCGUCAAUUUUCUCUUGGACACCAUUGAAGACGUUGGACUGGAUGCAUUUGAUACGGACCAUCAGACAGCACUGCAUCACGCGGCGAUUGCAGGUCACACUCAUGUGGUGCGGAGGCUAGUGCACGCUGGAGCUAACACGAGCACCACGAACAAGCAAGGGCGAACACCACUACAUUCCGCGUGCGAAAAGGGCCACGUCGACGUGGUCGAAUUUUUACUAGGACACGGUGCCGACAUGUUGGCAAAGGACGAAGAACAAAACAGUCCACUGCACGUGGCCGUCGAAAACAAACAAACGCUCGUUGUUCAAAUGUUGUUGGAAGCAGGCAAUCCAACGAACUUGGAAAAUAGCAAAGGACUGACUGCGUUGCACAUAGCCAGUAGCCAUGGAUGUCGAGGAAUAGUGGAAAUGCUAUUAUCAGCCGAUUGUGACAUCGACAGACAGAGCAAAAAUGGGAACACUCCUUUGCACAUGGCAUGUUUGUCUAACAACGUCGUGAUUGCAGAAAUAUUGAUUGCCAAAGGCGCAGAUCUCAAUGCCUUAAACACGAGGUUACAGUCGCCGAUUCAUAUAGCGGCUGAACAGGGAUAUUCGGAAAUCUGUAAGCUCCUUUUGAAUGCCGGGGCCAACAUCGAACAACGCGAACAGGGAGGCAAAACACCGUUGUACAUAGCGGCUAGAGGAAGUUUCACUGCUAUCGUGGAUAUGAUUAUAAAAACCGCUCGUUUAGAGUACACACCCAAGAAACGAACUAGACCGAAAACGCCAGAGGAACGAAGGAAAUGGAAGUGCAAUCCGGACUUAGACGUUUCGAUAGCACUGCAAGAGACUGACGAAAAUCUAGAAAUUAUAUUACGAAAAUUAUCACACAAGCAGUUGAGCCCCGGCGAAUGGAAAAAACUAGCUCAUUUAUGGGCAUUCACGGACGAACAAAUCAAAGCAAUCGAACACCAAUAUAUAGGUCCGUCCAGUUACAAACAACACGGUUAUAGAGUGUUGAGAAUUUGGGUCGAUAGUCUGGGCCCCGAUCUUGACCCCAUAGAAGAACUCAUCGAUAGUCUCAAUACAAUCGAAAAGAAUGCGCUAGCAGAUGCCAUCUGCAAGAAGUUAAUGCGGCAGAAAGAAAAAAGCGAGAAAAAACCUGAAGACAAAACCUGUGUUGUUUCUUGAAUACACGUCACGUAUUUGUUUGUUUUUGUUGAUUUUCAGUUUUAUUUGUUUGUUUUUCCUCAAAUGACUAUUAACAAUAAAAGUGUACCCACAGUUUUUAAAUUGUUUGACAUUUAUAAUAUUUCACCUUGGAUAUUAUGUAUUUAUUAAAUUUAACGUGUAAUGUACAAUAUCAUAUUGUUCACUUAAUUGUAAAGCGUUAUCACUCGACUUUUAGAAUAACUGACAACUUAUAUUACAUAUGCAAAAUAUAAUGUAAUACAAGCAUAAUAAUAAGUAUGUCACAAUUUUAUACACACUAAUUUCAUGAACUUGUCUUUAAAUAAAAACAAUACCGUUGUUGCAAUACUAACUAUAAAAUAAAUUAAUAAAUGUAUUUAACGUUCGAAACAUACAUUUCGAACCGAUGCUGCUCAAUUCUUACGUGUGAAUAAAUAUUCUUGUCUAUCAAAAUCUUAGUAGUCAUCGCUCCCCAAAUACAUGAUACUGUACUUGUAGCGUCAACAAUGAGGUCCAUUGUUCAGGUAACAGGAAAUAGGUAAAAGAUAGACGGCGAUGUCGGUGUCGCAUUGCCUGUUUGUACCGAAAUUCUAUUGACUUUUCACGAAAUACAAUUGUGUUGAUAACCGUGCAUUGUGAUUCUCUGGCCUCAAAGAGUAAAUUUUUUUUUUUUUUUUUGUAAGGAUGAGUAUAUUGUUAGGUAUUAUAAACUAAAGUUUUAACGGUUGUAGUUAUUCGCACGGUGACAUUAACUCAUGGAAAACAACAUAUUUACCCACGGUUGCAGUGUAAACUUAGUCACGAGAAUCCGCUCACGAAAAAAUAAACAACAAAAAACCAAAUAUAAACGCUAUUAAAACAUUUAAAACGUCUGAAUUAAUUUUUGUCUGAAACAAAUAUCCCACAGAAAUUUAUUUCAAUCGUGGCAGCAAUAAAUUAUUUUAAAAUAACUAUAAAACAUACGUAAAUAACGCCAAUUUAAUAAUAAACAACUCCAUCACAGCAAACCGCGUCAAACGUUUCUUUUUUUAUACGUACGACGAAUUACAUUUUUAUUUUAACAACACAUCCUGGAUGAACUACUUAACAAAUUUAAUGAAAAACCUUCUCCGUUGUAUUUCCCGUAAGUUACUUUAGUGUAUCACUAGUUUCUUUUGAUGUAUCUAGUUCGUCGAUGACAUAUCUGAAGUCUCUCUCCUAAUCUUAUGUCACCCGUGGUUUGAAAAUAACAGGAUAUACUAGGUUUCCUAUCCGUUUAAAACAUUCGGUAAAUACAAUUGAGCACGCUUAUUAACUUAUUUCAAUACGUUACCAAAUUCAAUUAGAAUGUAAAAGACGUGUAACACUAGUGUAGCCAUAUGUCACUGUGACAUUUUUUUUAUUUUUAUAUUUUUUAUUUAUAUAAUAUGCAAAUAUGCAUACUUAUUGAUAUAUAUUUACAUAUUAUAUAAAUAAAAAACGAUGGAACUUCGUCGAGUGUGAAGUGGUUUUUAAUCAGUCAGAUGGUCGUGACACCAUCUGCGUUUCAGCUAAUGACUUCUGGAAUCACCUGGGAUGUUGAGAGCAGAUAAGUUUGAAAUUAAAGGAUUGCGGUGGUUUAAAUGUUUAUAGAGAGAUUUGGCUACGUUUUACACUGUUUGAAUGGAGAGGUCAUUAUGGAGUGUAUGGUUUAAAACAUAAAAUUAAGCCUUUAUUAUUUGUCAUGGGCAUUUGAAUUGAAAUUUUUCGAUUUUCUUAAUGUUCGAUAGUUUGGCCGAACCAUCCAUACUGUUUGUAAGGAAAUAUGUUAAACACAUUUUGUGUCAACAAAAUAAUUUACCAUUUAUUGUUUAUACAAAUUACUUAUGUAAUAUGUUUAUAUUAUACAAUAUAUUAGCAAAGUCACAUUAUGUGUUUUAUUUAGUAACCAAUUUCUUCAGAAAAAUGUACGUGUUAAUACAUUUUGAUUUCAAUACUUUUAAAUUUUUGCUUUAAUAUGCAAGAAUCAUUUUCCACAUUAAUAAUUCAUAUACAAAUAAAUAUCUAAUAAUGUUUUUGUUUUUAUUGAGAAAAAAAACAACGUAAUCAAGUAACUUGUAACUUGCAACAAGUUAUAACACUCAUUUAAUAACUUACCCGUCUUUGAUUCUAUAUCAAAAAUAUAAGUAAAAAGAUCUUUCAUAUUCUGAUAAAGUUUGUCUUUAUACAUUUCCAUGUUAGGUAAAUGAAAUGACAGGGUUUUUCUUGAGUCAGCAGAAUUAUUAAAAUUACAAGUGUGUUCUUCAACCGUCCAGAUAAAAAAGCUAUAACGUGCUCAAUCGUUCCAUAGCCAUAAUAACGAUUUGUAUAAUUGGUAUUUUGCUAUCGCAGGUCACUAUAUAAUAUAUAUUUUAUGCUAUAAAAAUCAUUAUAUAGCAGCCGUUUUCUCUCAAUACCUACUAAGGUCCUAUAUAAUAAUAUUUAAAACAAACUAAAUAUAAAAUAAUUAAUGGAAAACUUUUUUUUUUUACUUAAUUCAUCAACUAGAUACGUCAUAAUAAUAUGCUAACGGGUAUUUAUCUGCGGUGAAGGUGAAAAUCGACUUAUCGCUAAAAUGAUACGUAUUGGGGACGUCAUAAUAAUAAUAAUAAUAAUAAUAUAUAAGUGCCUACUACCUACCCCAGGAACACGCAACGUGCACAAAUAAAAGUUUUAUAAUAUUUAUCUAUAAAUGUUCCUUGCAGUAUGUUUGUGGAACAUCAUGGUCGGAUAUAUUUAUGCGUACAACCUGAGAUGACAGUAUUUAUCUCACAAAAUACUAUUUCUAGUUUAAAUUGGACAUUUUUUCGGUCGAUUCACUACAAAAAAAUUGUAUGAAUCCCUUGUAGCCUCACAUUGUAGGUGAAAAACAAAGAGUCACGCAAAAACCUUUAGUGUUCUAUGCACAAAUUAUCGUAAUUUAAUGAAAUUGAUAAAGAUAAAUCAUCACUAAACUAUAUUAUAAUCAAUUUAUUAUUUAUUUCAAUUUUUUUUAUCUAUUCAUUUAA